ACCCUGGCUUCUGAAGCAAACACCCGCCUCUGCCAAAUAGAAUUGGAAAAGUCACACGCGGAAAGAAGGAAAACGGGUUCAAGGAAAAUCAUAAGAAUAAAUUUUGCACAAUAUUUAAAGCCGCGAAAAAAGUAUUUGUAGUCAAACUAAAGUAAAAAGGACAAGAGUGCAUUAAUAAUAAAACCGCCUGUCAUUAAUAAGCCGCUUUCCUUCAGCCCGGUGCAGUAAAGCCGGCGUUGAAAAUGUACACAUGUGUUACGCAUGUAGCAAAGACGUUUGCGGCAGAUAUGGAAGAAUAAAUUGGAUUGCUUGGCGCUUCGAAGAUAUUAAAAAUUAAAUAAGCAUACUCCGAAUUCCAGUCGGUCAGAAAAGCACGCAGAUAGAGAUGUUUUCGAUAAAAAAAAUACUCAAAAUGAAAAGCUAAGCUCUUAAAAAAGGUGCGCCUACUAAAUGGGUUUUUAAAUUUCAGGAAACCCUCAGCAACUGGGCGAUAUUCGUAAUAUAGGCGUUCACAAUUUACAUACAUUCGCUUUUUGGUUUUAAACCCGAAUGAGUUAGCUUUGUUUAGUUUCUUAUUUAAUUGAUAUCAGUUCAGAUUGAAAUGGUUGCAGGCAACAUGAAAAUCAUAACACUAACAAAUGCAACAACUUCUAAGAGUCAAAAUCAAAACAAUUUUUUAAAGACCAACUCAUCUAUUUCCAAAAUGAACACGGAUAUUGUACAAAACGAGUCACCAAAAAUGAGGUAUUAUAAAGGGAACAGUUAUAACAGUAGCGACAGCGUUAAAUCGCUACAAACACCCAAACAGUGUGAUUUAAAUAACAAAAGUGUUAAAAAAUCACAUUCACACACGCUAUACAAUAUCCCAACUACAUCACUUUCAAAUCGCAAGAAGUUCUAUCAGCAUCGUUACCACCAUAGUCAACAACAGCACACGUUCUUGAAUAAUAAGAAGAAUAAUAAGAGAAAUAUCACUACAAAAAAUAAAAGUCUUUUAGAUUCUGAUUCAACGAACCCAAUUUAUCUAGAUCUUAUCGCACCACCUUUGCCAAACCAAAAAGUGGCUAAAGUUGAUAACUGUUUAAUGAAUGUCGAAGAUUUGGUAAAUAAUAAUAAUACCAUAAUAUUAGAUGCCAACAGCAGUUGUACACCAUCAUCUAAUAAUAAUAAUAAUAAUUGCGACGCGUCCUCUGCUGACAAUUCGAUUGCUCUUUCUUCGCACAGAGCUAAAACUCAGCUCAAGCAACACGCACCGUCAACAUCACCAAAAGCUGUUGAGCCAAUUUCAGACGUCACUCUUAUCAAUCAACACGAUUGUAUUAGCAGUAUUAAAAGCAUUAAUCUUGAUUGUAAUAGUUGUUGGGCGAAUUUGGUGACUCCACAGGUUUCGGAAUCACAAGCAUCGUUACCCUGGCCUUGGGUACAUGUAAGUAGGCAUAAAAGUACUUCCGUUAGCUCCACAUCGUCGUACUCUUCGUCAGCGUCGUCGUCAAUAUUGACACCGACAGGAAGUAACUCGGAUUUGUUGCAAAAUAUCAACGCUAAAUACACAGAUACCACAGCGCACACCUGCCCAACAAAGAAAAAAUCGUUUCGAAAAGGUAAAACCAGCAUCGCAUCUAGGAGUUACAACACAGACAGACGCAGUUCGUCUCCACAUGUAAAAGGGCAACGUAAACGGAGAACUUAUAACAUACAGACAACGGCAGAUGAUCUGGGAGAUACUAAGUACUCUUCUGUAUGUAUUGCUGAUGAGGAGUACUUAACUGCUGGAAGUCAAAAAAAUCCAUACUCAGCUGAAUAUCCGAGGGCGAAUGAGACAGAAAUGACCACUGCUUUGGCAGCGAAAACAACAUCAACCACAGCAGCAACGACCACUACAGUUGAUUCUACAGUAAAAACAAUCACCGCAGAGAACGAAACCAGCACCUCCGUGGAAUCCACAAGACAUGCCGUGAUAUUAACAGCUGCAUCUCCUUUGUCGACAUUAACAAAUGAAGUUGAUAUCAAGAAAGAACUAGCAACACCGUCGGUAUCUUCAGAAACGACAUCCACAUCAACAGUCACGUCUACAACCUCGUGUGAAACCUCUUCUUUAACAGCUACUUUGACAACGUCAUCUAAUCCAUCGACGACAUCAACACCGGUGCCAGUGCCAACGUCGCCCAAUUCCUAUUCACUAGAUUUCCUGCAUUCAGUGGGGGUACAAAUGACAGGUGGCGCAAAUUUAUCAGCGCUUGGCAAAAAUACGAAUACGAGUAACAUGCGUACUAACACAAUGUCCAAUAGUCAAGACACAGUCGUUAUGUCGCCAGUGCGUAACGCAUACUCUUACCAAAAUGUUUUGCCCCAAAGAUCGCAUACACAUCAUGCACGCUAUAUGGUCAGUAGUGGGGGGGUUGGAAUUAGUAGUAACAACUGUACUGCUGGCGCUCAUCAUACAAGAGACCAACGCGUACAUCGUUUUCAGCAGCAUCACCAUCAUCCACAGCAGCUGACAAUAGCCUCAUUUAUUCAAAAAGAACUUCUAAACGAAAACUUCUAUGGCGGCAAUAGCAGAGGUGGAAACAAUGUGAAUAAUACUGCCAAUGGAAGUGGGGACAGUAGCGGUGUUGAUAGUAAUACCAAUGGCAACUAUCGCAGCCAUCAGCGUCAUAGCUACUAUGCAUCCCGUUAUCAACAGCCACAAUCACAGCAGCAACGUGUGCCGGCAGUACAACAUUGUUAUCAAACGAUGGGUUCCUCCUAUCACAGCGAAGUGGGAAAUGAGGGAAUUUCACGAAUAACUCGAAAUGGAAGUGGUAAUCACUUGCACUGCUCUAAGCCACAUAUGCAUCAAAACCAGCGCAUCCACGGCGAUGCCACUUCGAAUUCUUACCAACUGCACGCCAUUGAGAAUCGCAGUAAUCUCGAGGAGCCAGAUAGUACAGUAGGGCAGGGUGGUGUCGACAGUAUAGAUGUUAGUAUCGAAAGUAGCUCAAAUAGUGCUGUAUGUAACAAUAUGCGUGCUUGCAAGCAGUUGCAACACAAAUUAUUAGGUACUAAAAAACCGAAUCGUGUAUCCAACGCAACUUCUUCAUGCUCUUCGUCAACGUCUUCAACGUCAUCCAAUUCAUCGCAAGCAUCAACUACAUCUUAUCGCCAGCAGAAAGUAAAAUCCAGCACCCAAAUGAAUUUAGCUAUUGAAACACUACCUGGAAAAAUAAAUGCGUCAUCACAUCGUGGUAAUCAUAGACUGCAGCAAUUUAAUUAUCAUAACCAACAACAACACAGCUCUCAGCAAUACUCGUCAGCAAUAGGAGUAUCGCAAUCAUCAACUUCUCAGCAGCCUCAUCAAAACAUUUACAAUCUAACCUACGUCAAUACUGAAGGGCUUUCAUCGUUUCCAAAUGUCGGCAUGAGCACAACUGUCCCAACGAGUAGUUGUAGUCCUUCAUUGCCAGCACUUCAAUCUGAUACUCCUGGUUCACAACCUCAAGAGGUCUCCUCAUCGAUGAUUCUUUCCUGCGCUCCUAGCCACUAUCAGUCUCAGCAGCACCAACAAAGCUUUGUGCAUGACAAGAGCCUGGUGACGCCUUUUAUCAUGAAUGUGUCUGCCGCGCAUUCAUCAUCGAAAUCAGCAUCUCCGAUUACCGUAGGAAAUAUGGUGUGCUAUACACAACACACGGAUUCCGGCACAUCUUGCGAUUCUGUUCAACCGACGCUUAGCGUCGCUGGUUCGCACGAACACGAUUGUGAAGAUUCUGACUCUUCAUCAACUAAUUCAGUGGCAUUUUCACAAAGUCGCAAUAAGUAUAACCAAGUUAAAUCUGUGUCACGUUCGUCAUCAUCUUCAGCGUCUUCAAACUCUUCGUCGUUGGCAGCAAACUUCAAUGUUUCGCAACAAACUAUGUCUGUGGUUGACGUGCAGCAUUUGCAUAGCCCGGAGCCAUCAGAUUUAUUUUAUAAUCCAACUUUCGUUACAUCUUCGCAGCAUUACACGGCGCAAUCACAAACGUUAGCAUCGCCUCAACAACAAUCGCCCUUCCAUAGAAAUGGAUUCAUAUCAUUGUUUAAUAUACCAUUGAACAAUAAUCAUACGGACGAUGAUUUGAAUUCGAUUAAACAACAACAACCGCCGCCACUUCAUCAUCAGCAACGCCAUUUCUACUUUGCACCCGGAGAGCAUUUGAAUUCUACUUCACUAUCAGUUCAUGUGGGGAAUGGCGGAUACUAUAGUCCUUUGCACCACUCUAGUUUUUUAUACCCCCCACCUGGAAGUUUGAUUUCGUCUGGUCCAUGCCCCACUCCAAAAGUAAUAUCAUCUCCGAGCAUAAGUGAACACGACGAUCAUAAUCAUCUCCAUUUUCAUCAUUUACACCACCAACAGCAACCGGUUAAUAUCGUAAACCAGAAUGAGGUGACAGCAUCAGCAAGCCAUUUGAAGCGCAGCUCCACUCCACAAAUGGGGGGCGGCACUAUUAUAUCGCAACAAUCACAGCAACACCAUCGUUUUCCGCAGUCUACACAGGCAACACAAAGCGGUAUGGUAGCCACUUUAAAUAGCGGUGGUUCCCUACGUCAACGAAGUGGUGGGCGUAGUCAACAGCAAGGCCCCCAAAAUCAUCAGAUGGCUGCUCCACCGCCAGCAUCUAUUUCACAUGUAUAUCCACAGCAUAAUCUACUUUAUGGUGGCCCGCCAACACAUAUACGUUCCACGGCAAAUUCACCUCAUGACUAUUUCACACACACGCCACCCGAUCGUUUUUUAGCACGAGCACAUCUCGUAGAAGCCAAAGAAGCACCCAGCACAUUAUUAAAUAAUUCUAAAUGGGAUAAUCUAUCGCAGGGCGUUUGGAAUAAAUUUAUUAACUCACAGCAAACGGAGGAAACUUUCAAACAGAAGAUGCGUCUAUGGCGUUACCUUUAUAUUAUUGUUAAGAACACUUAUCCGCGUUUCGGUCUGUAUCUGGUCGGAUCAACAAUUUCAGGUUUUGGUGCUGACACCUCAGAUGUUGAUAUGUGUUUGGUGUCACGAAGUAGUUCCAGUGUGGAACCUCGCAUGGAGGCUCUGUUUAACCUUACAGUUCUACGAGAUUAUUUGUGCAAAUCAGGUAUGUAUUCAUUAUGGAAUAACUCAGCUUGCAAUAAUAUUUAGAAUAGUUGAUUGUCGUGACUGAGACAA